GACGGGAGCGUCGUUGACUCCUCCCCCACAAGAUGGCGUCCUUGCUGCAAUCGGAGCGGGUUCUCUACCUAGUCCAGGGAGAAAAGAAGGUUCGGGCCCCGCUGUCGCAGCUUUACUUCUGCCGCUAUUGUAGCGAUCUGCGGUCGCUGGAAUGUGUGUCUCACGAGGUGGACUCCCAUUAUUGUCCCAGUUGUUUAGAAAAUAUGCCAUCGGCUGAAGCCAAACUAAAAAAGAAUAGAUGUGCCAACUGCUUUGACUGUCCUGGCUGUAUGCACACCCUCUCCACUCGGGCAACAAGCAUCUCCACACAGCUUCCAGAUGACCCAGCCAAGACCACCAUGAAGAAAGCCUACUAUUUGGCCUGUGGAUUUUGUCGCUGGACGUCUAGAGAUGUGGGCAUGGCAGAUAAAUCUGUGGCUAGUGGUGGUUGGCAGGAACCUGAAAAUCCUCACACGCAACGGAUGAACAAACUGAUUGAGUAUUACCAGCAGCUUGCUCAGAAGGAGAAGGUUGAGCGAGAUCGCAAGAAACUGGCACGGCGUAGAAACUAUAUGCCUUUGGCUUUUUCGGACAAAUACGGUCUUGGAACCCGGCUUCAGCGACCAAGAGCUGGUACAACCAUCAGUACCCUUGCUGGACUUUCCCUUAAAGAAGGAGAGGACCAGAAGGAGAUAAAAAUUGAGCCAGCUCAGGCUGUAGAUGAAGUGGAACCUCUACCUGAAGACUAUUAUACCAGACCAGUAAAUUUAACAGAGGUGACCACCCUUCAGCAGCGCCUCUUACAGCCUGACUUCCAGCCAGUCUGUGCCUCACAGCUCUAUCCUCGUCAUAAGCAUCUUCUGAUCAAACGGUCCCUGCGCUGCCGAAAAUGUGAACAUAAUUUGAGCAAGCCAGAAUUUAAUCCAACAUCUAUCAAAUUCAAAAUCCAGAUGGUUGCUGUCAAUUAUAUCCCAGAAGUGAGAAUCAUGUCAAUUCCCAACCUUCGCUACAUGAAGGAGAGCCAGGUCCUCCUGACUCUCACGAAUCCAGUGGAGAACCUCACACAUGUGACUCUUUUGGAGUGCGAGGAGGGGGACCCUGAUAAUAUCAACAGCACUGCUAAGGUGGUGGUGCCUCCCAAAGAGCUCGUGUUAGCCGGCAAGGAUGCAGCAGCAGAGUACGACGAGUUGGCAGAGCCCCAGGACUUCCAGGACGAUCCUGACAUUAUAGCCUUCAGAAAGGCCAACAAAGUGGGUAUUUUCAUCAAAGUGACCCCACAACGUGAGGAGGGCGAAGUGACCGUGUGCUUUAAGAUGAAGCAUGAUUUUAAAAACCUGGCCACUCCCAUCCGCCCCAUGGAAGAAACUGACCAGGGCGCAGAAGUCAUCUGGCUCACCCAGCAUGUGGAGCUCAGCUUGGGCCCGCUUCUUCCUUAAAAUGCUCCGCUGGCGGGCAGAUCCCAAAGGACAGUAUCACCACGAACCUGCGUUGUUACGGUGUGGAAGCCGCUGCUUCGUUAGGCCUUGUUUAUAAUGGUGUACCGUGCACUACUGAGUCCUGUUCCGGGGAGGGUGGGCGCACAGGCAAGGCGUUAGGAGCACAGCGGCUGCUGUACCUCUGGUUCCCUCCUCUGUUCACACCUGCAAGUCUGUCUCCCUCACUGAACCCCUGCACGUUGACUCACAGCAGCAUAGUUCCGUCCCAGGAAAGGGGGUGGCUGUUCCUUGGAGUGGCAUUCAAUUGACCAGUUGAGAAACUGUCCAUACAAUCUCCUGACCUGAUCUCAUAAAGGAUCAGUCUCACAGAUGAAAACGUAAAAUAACCGAAAGUUAGACCUGCUAUUGAUGACCUGGCACUGGUCUCAGUGUUGUACCAACUGCUUUUUGCAUUCCACUGGAUAUAGUCUAGCACUCUAAAUAUAUAUCCCUUUCCUUGCCUCCUGGCUCCCAUCCAUUUGGCAGGAAAAUAGAACUGUCACGUCUUUAGUUUUGCGAUGAUUGGAAAGACCUGUGAAAUAGUUAAGGCACCUUCAUUUGACCUCUUUAAGUGAAUGUAGGAUACUUACGUAUUAGUUGCUGUUAAAAUUUUUUUCCCAGCAGAAUAUGGAACUUUUUCUCCUAGGGAAAAUUUGAGAAGGAAGCAAUUGCAUGUCAUGUCACUGGGGUGGCAAAUUCUAUUCAUUUUAACUGUUGCCACAAUAUCCAGGGAUUGAUGCUGCCAACAGGGAGGCAUGCUUUAUAUGUCUUACUCCGUACCCCUUCUUCUCUCUGCCUCUUUAACUCAGUAAGUUGUUGAGUAUUUGGGACCUGGAAAGAGCCCAAAGAAAACUUGGUGGGCAAGUUCACUUCUGGAAUGCAGAAAAUAUCUUAAAGGUUAGAUGUUUAUCAUGAUCUGAACUAAUGUUCUUUCCAGUGAUUAAAGAGGAAAGUAACAUUUGUAAUCUCUUAAUCCAAAACUGGAUAUUAAGAAGAAACCUUCCUCCUUCCUGAGUUUAUGACUUUUAUCAUACAGUUUGUCACAUAAGACCGUUUUGAUCAUAAACCAUAAAAUAGUUCAACAAGCAGCCCAGAAUACUUGCCUAACAACACACAUGCUGUUUUCACUUGGUAUCCUGGAGUUGGCUUGCCAACCUUAGUUUCUGUGAUGUUUUCUAAAAUGAGACUUGACAAAGUAGACUACCAGCUGCACCACAUUUCCAUAAAUGUAUUGUUAGCAAGUGGCCAACAGACUUUUGGGGGAAAGAGAAAUUUCCUGUUUAUACCCUGGUUUUGUUUCUAAGUUCAAGCCUUUAGUUUAAAAAAAAUGUAUAUAGCAAUUUAAGAUAUAGGACACAGUAACUUUUCAGCUCCCCUUGGAAGGUAGAAAUAUUUAGAAAACCUUUGAAAGACACUAAAUAGUACUCUUAAGAUCAAACCAAUAUUAUGAAACAAUAUUCUACAGAGUAAUAUAUGUGCUGCAGCAUAAGAAAAAAAGAAGUCAUAUCUCUAAUAUUAUGACAGUAAUAAGGCUUAGCCUCUUAGGAGUUGGCGCACCGUGUUGUAUAAUGACAAAUUUGCAAACUGUAGAAAUUAUUUUAAGUUUUUGUGACCACACAAAGUGUCAAAUUAAUUUCUAUUUCACUGCCCGCUACAGCCUGCCAUGACGCCAGUGCUUCAUAUUUGCCAGUGGAGGAGAUGAACCUCAAGGUAGAGAACAACGUCCUGUGUUUACAUGUUUGCACAGACUACACACUGUUACGCAUUUAUGGCAUAUAGCUGGUGUUUGUUCCCAGAAAUAACAAUGUUGAAGUAAUGGGUCUCAUCACCCCCAUGUGACACAGAAACACAAAAACACUUUUGAUCAUAGAAUUUUUUCCUCAGAAGCCAAGUUAACUCGCAGAAUAACAGAGCUAUUGAUUUAAUGUUUCUUCUAGAUAGUUUUCAGUACAAGCUGGUAAUUCUGUGUGUUAGUAGAAAUGGUUCAAUAUCUGCAGCUGGUGAAUUUGGACUUUUAUUUGUUCGUUUUUUAUAUUAGAUCAGGUGCAAGAUUUUUAAAGUAUGGUGAGUGUGUACAACUGCAAGCAAAUUAGAUGUCAUUAGCACUAGAAACUGCAAUUUGGGGAAUUUAAUCUGAAUUUGUGAUUUGAUUGGCCAACUAGAGUUUUCUUUUGUUCAGACUGUUUAUAGACUUAAUGAGCUAAAUGUCAUGCAUAUUUGUAAGAAAUAUCCUUUUUGGUCCAUUUUGGGAAUGAGAGGCACUCCUUGGUCUUUAUGAAUGACAGGUUACUCUUUUGCCUUAUUGCUUAACUUCAUGUAGUGAAAUAAAGCAGACAAAGCUUGA